CUAAAGCAGGGAAAAGGCUUGGCUGCUGAAGGUCGCGGGAUAGGUACCUAGGUAGUCCUGUGUUGGCCAUCUCGAAGGGGCAAAGAAGGCAAAAAAGGCCAACAGAGCAUCGGUGAAGAAAGCCCAAAGCGGCGAAACGACAGAGAGAUGGACCAAACCGCCGAGCACACUUGAACCGAAUGCAUGAAGGUCGCUGGUGGAAUGCAAGGCACAAUGGAUAGAGGAACUCGAAUUGACGCCUGAUAUCCAAGGCACCGAACAAUACCGCCCCACACGCCAGACGUCAGAGCAAGGCAGACCCCACCAAAGCCGGCCGACCAGCUUAGCUCGAUCAGUCCCGGCCAGAGACCGGAAGCAACCCAUCACGUCGAUAAAGCCGCCCGACCACACCCUCCGCCACCCUCCCCCCCGGCAACAACCCCCCCGCAACACCCCAAAAAUGCCGGCCUACAACUCCGUCUUCAACGCCGACGCCGAGCAGCGGCUAAUCGGCAACUUCCCGCUGCUGCCGCUGCGCACCAAGACGCGCGGGCCCGCCUACACGCUCCCUUUUCCCAACCCGCCCCUGCCGGCGGCCGAGUCGCCCGAGCCCGACAGCGAGAGCUACGACGCGCUUGACGAGGUGCUGCUGCUCUUCCGCGCAAACACCUUCUUCCGCAACUUCGAGAUCCAGGGCCCCGCAGACCGCCUCCUCGUCUACGGCAUCUGGUUCGUCAGCGACUGCCUGACCAAGAUCAAGCCGGGCGCCUCGCUGAGGGAGGCCACCAAGGAGGUCCAGAACAUCGCCCUCGACCUCAACUUUGCCAUCCCCGGCGACCCGGGCUUCCCGCUGAACCAGAUGUACGAACCCCCUCGCGACAGGCAAGACGGCGAGCAGCUGCGCCAGUACAUGGCCCAGGUCCGGCAAGAGCUCGCCACGAGAUUACUAGCCAGGGUGUACGAGGAGGGCGGUGACGGGAAGCCGAGCAAGUGGUGGCUCAGCUUCACCAAGCGCAAGUUCAUGGGCAAGUCGCUGUGAUGGCGGCUCGCCGAUAGCACGGACGCCAUUGGAAGGGGGAUGGCCGGGCGGGCGGGCUAAUUGUUACAAGCAAUGGGUUUUUUUUAUGGACAGCACUUGCGGCGCAUAUAG